GAUAAGCGCCCUCUAUGGUUAACACCAGUGCCCUGAAAAUUGACCUUUUACAUUUUGAGUUAAACAAUGUUAAAACAUAGAUAAAACAAUGCUAAAUUGACUGUUUAUGAAGAAUAUAUUAAAUAAUUAAAGACAAUAUGGAUGUUCAGAAAGAUAUUCGACCAACUGCUGAUGAUGUGAUAUCUUUGCUGAAGACAAAUCUUGAUUGUACAGUGUCCCAUGUUGAAGAACUAAAAGCAUAUGAAGACAGAAAUUUUUAUUUAAAAAUAGUAGAAAGUGAACAAAAUCAGUGUGAUUACAUAGGAAAUGUAACAGAGUUUGUAGUUAAAAUGACAAAUUGUGAAGAAAUGAGUGAAUUAAAGUGGAAAUCUCUUCAGAAAAUCUUGAACUGCCUUUUGCUUAAUGGUUUUACCUGCACAAAGUUAUUAACUUCAUUUAAGAUGGAGAAGAAUGGCAAAGAAUACUUAGUACUGCUUUUGAAUUACAUACCAGGAAGCCCAUUGAUGUACCAUUGGUCAAAAUUAAAUAAGACUACAGUGAUUAAACAAGUGGGAGAAAUGGUAGCUGAUUUACACAACACAUUACAGACUUUAGAUCCUUCUUUGUUGGAUGUAGAGAUGAACAAAGAAGAUGCAUGGGUCCUAGAAAAUGCCAGAGUUAUGCUAGGAUAUUUAAUUGCAAUCAAGGAUGAAAAUGAAAGGGAGAUAAUAGAGUCAAUAAUUAAACAGUUUAUUAACUUGAUGGAGCAGAAUGAAGAACAUUUUACAAGAGGACUAGUUCAUGGAGAUUUACAUGAUAUGAAUCUAAUUGUGAACUGGAAAGAUGGUCAGCUUCAGCCACAUUAUAAUGCUUCUGGAAAUUACACAGUUAAAGAUCUGUUUGGAAUAAUAGACUUCGGUGAUAUGUGUGUUUCCUGUUAUAUUUAUGAAGUUGGACAGAUAAUUCGUGAUUUAAUGGUUUCAACAUGCCCAGAUAAUUGUUAUAGUGUGGCUGUGACGUUUUUGUCAGGUUAUUUGAAAUGCAGAAAAUUAAAUCAACAUGAACUGAGUAUUUUGUUUCUUUCUAUAAUGACAGCACUAUGUCAGUAUUAUGUUAUAAGUGAAUAUAAAUUUCAUGGACAGUCGGACAAUGAAUAUGUAAAAGAAGGUGCAAAAGAAGCAUGUCAGUUAAUAAAGGCAUUUCAUAGUAUGAGUGACAUUUUUAUGUCAAAUCUGUCAAAGUUCUUACAAAGUGAAUUUAACAUUGAUUUGAUACAAUCCACAUAAGUAUAAAAUUAAACGAGAUUCAUUUACACCUUUUUAUUUCUGAAGAAAGUUUUGUGUGUCAAAAAAAAAUGAACAUGCAUGGAAAAGUUGCCACUGGAGAAUCUUGACAUUAGCACAAUAUAGACCUCAUCAUUAUUUGGAAAACUAAGACACUAGACGAGA